AGUGGGAGUGGAGAGUGGAGCAGGAGCGCAGCGUAAGAAAACAUUGUGAUCUGUCUGGGGCUUCAGCUGGCUCCGCAGGCACAUUUUACAUUUUUUUUCGUUUGCUCAUGAGGGGUUGCCGCUGACACUUUUUGGUAAUAUAUAGAGUGAGCAGCAGACACAAUGGAGAAAUAGGAAGCUGCUCAGCAAUGUCAACUUCAAGGGAUAAUAGCUUGAGCGUUGUUUUCGUCUAUGAUUGCGAAUGCUGUGUUUCUGAAGCGGACGACCCUCAGGAUGCCAUUCUCUACUUUCACCCCCAAUGGGUCAGCGAGCAGCAGAGGCUGGCGCUUUGUGGUCAGCUCAUGGGUGUCACGCACUUUUUUCUCGCGUCCUUCAGCUGCCCCAAACUAAUAAAUCUAAAGAGCGGAAAAUUUGCCAUCCGUCAAUGUGGAAGAUACAUUUUGGCGGUUGGCACAGACCACAGCAAUCCUUCUUGGGUGCUGCAAAAAAGAGCAGACUCCCUGUUCGCGAUGUUGCGACUUUUCCACGGAGGAAUCGAGGAAAUUGCCAACGGGUGCGCCUCUGACAGAAAUGUCCUUGUGUCGAGGCUGCAAGACAUCCUUGAUACUUUGGUUCCUAUGGCUCAGAACUUUGGAGAUCUCUUUGGUCAAGAACCUGCUCUCUUGCUGCCAAAAAGUGCCAACAAUGUAUUCAUAGAAUCGGUGCAAGUGCUCGAAUAUUUCCAAAGCUUGCAAGGCGUCAUUGGUGGUACCAUUCUUUACAACAACAGAGUUGUUUCAACUCAGCUUCCUGCAGAACUUACCCGCAAGCUAAUUUUCUCUGACCCAUAUCACAUUCGGAACUCCAUAGAGACUGUUCCUGCGCAGUUUGAACUACCGCUUGGUGUUAGACUACUGAGAGUGUACUUAGAGCAGAAGGACCACGAUUCUCUGGUUUUCGCAGCUAAUAUGCUGAGAGAUUUAUUUAAUAGCAUUGAAACGACCCGUCCUGAAAGAGUUGGAAGAACCCUGGGCAGUGGCAUGAUAAGAGACAUCUCCCGGAUCUUCACCGUCCACGAAGAGCGAGAACCAUUUGACGAGGCAGACGGCCCCAUGAUAAAUUCGCCACACAACGAAUUCGCGCCGCCAUCCAGCAGACAAAAUUUUCGCACGGCCAGCGUUCCGUUCGAUGAAAGGAUCAACGCUCCAAUGACGCGAUUCAGCCUGCCCGUGGGCGCUGUCACGCCUGGAACGCUGGGCAAAAUUUUGCACGCCAAACGAAUGUCAAUUUGCGCCCAAAGGGACGAGGAAUUCCAGGAGGAAAGCUCCCCAGAGACGCCAGAAGAAAGUAUAUUCCGUCAUUCGCCCGUGAAAGAGGCAGCAGAGGAAGAGGAGAAGGUGGCCCCCAUUUCGCCUUUGAAGGCUCGCUGCCGCAGUCUGGACAACUUGGCCGCCGCCAUUCCCUUGCGGGGCUACAGCUUCGGCCUCCCGAAAUUGCACCAGAGCGAGGAGGAGCCGCGUAAACGCAACCCCAUGCAACGACUCUUCAAUACUAUCUGCGACCCCAAUUAUCCUGUGUUCAACGCCAAUGGUAUGCCGAUAUCUCAGUCCUUGUUCGCCGCUUAUCUCGAGAAGCACUACUGCGAGCUGAACGAGCAGGGAAAAAUACAGAAAAUCAAAACGCCAGAAAAGAAACCGACGACACCAGUGAAAAAGCCUGACCUUGUGGAAAAAGCUGACAAGGCCCAAAACGAUUCUGACAAAAGUGCCCUGGAAUCGAAGCCAUUUGAAAUAGCCAAUAAAGAGGUUUACAAGCGCUCUCUUAGCCUUCCGUUGAAAUCUCUCAACCUGUCUGACGCACCUGAUUCAUCAGAGAAAUCAAAACGAAAGUCUUUUGUACUCAAUCGGGACGAAAUGCCACCAGUGCCGACUAAGCUGGAGUUGUUCAGCGUUCCAGACAGGGUGGAGACUCCCUGCGAUUUCUCCAGUUUCGCUCGAAGUGUAGCCACACCGGGGGCUCGUGUCACAACUCCUGCAGAAUUUCGAUCUUUCAUUUUGGAGAAGAGGAAAAAGGAGCUGGCAGCUUACAGGGACAAAUCUAUGGAGGAAAGCUUGGCAAUCCACCAAGACGAAAUGGUCAAAAGUGUUCUCUACACAUAUGGCUACCAAGGCAUGACUCUCCUUUUACUUCUUGAGAAUCAAUCAGAAAUGGACAACGAUUUACUUUUAACCAUUGAAAAAGCUUGGCUUGAGUCGGCUCCUCAACUUGAAAGUCGGCUGAGGAAGUCUCUUGAGCAAACAACCAGCGCCGACAGCAAGGAGUCGUACAGCUUCUUGCAUCUAGACCCUGAAUGGGAUGCACUUCAGAGGGGUGGCUCAUGGGGUGCUGCACAGCUGUCGGUGGCUAGGAAGCUGCACUCUGAUUUGAAGUCUGCGCCAGACAUGACAGAAAUAAUUGCCAGGUGCGAGGACCAAAUUGUUUACGGAUCGCAGUACUGUCUGCAACAAGUCUUUUACCAGCAACAAGCUGCUCCAAAAGUGGGUCUUCCAACUCCUGCUGAUCUCAUGGGAACUGUUCCUUUGACAGCAAAGCGUCGUCUUGAGCGAGAUCAUGGAAUCUUACUGUUGUAAUCAGUGUUUUGAGCUUCCUACGUUUUUUUACAGGUUUUGCCUGUUUUUGUGGUUUCCAAUAAGUCCACUAAUUGAGGCAGUAUUUCCAUUCCAAUGUACUAGUCUAAUCAGCUAUGACAAUUAUCGAUGUUUUCUUCAUAUUAUGUUAAAAAUGUGAUUAUUAUACUGAAUUGAUUUGAACUGUGGCCAUUCCCAAGUUUUUAGUUAAAACUAUUAACGAAAAUAUAUAUUUUGUUUGUUACUCAAUAUUUUGCAAUAAAAUUGUGACAUACUUGUA